AUGAUCAACUCUACUCCUCACCUGCUUCAAGAUCACAACAACUCCUUUUCCAGAACUAGUCUCCAAGUUGUGGCGAACGGAAAUGGCGCUUCUUCUCCAACUCAGCAAUUAGUGAGUGCCAAUCAUUUGCUGUUUCACGAAUUCCAAUGUGAUUCUCCUUCAAUAACAACAACUGGUGCAUCGAGCAUGACAGUUUCUCCAUCCGUCACGAGCAGUUUUGUCUUUGUUGAAGAUUCCUUGUCGAUGAAAUCUCAAAAAAGAGCCAAGACGAGAAAGAUGGUCGGUUCUUCCUCAACAGCUUCUUCGACAAUUACAGACUCUUCUAGGAAAAAAUCAGUGACAAAUAUGAUGAAUGGACAUGUUCAAGUGACAGUUUUUCAUCACCACCAUUACAUGUCAAAAAGUAAAAAGAACAAGACAGAAAAUAGUACUUCAAGGUCGUUAUUGAAUAACGAUGAUGAAGAAGAACAGAAAAAGGCGCUUUCCAAGUUAAAUCCAAGAACAAAGAUUGAAAAGAAGUCGCACUCGAAAAGUGGACUUCAAUACACGGUGGUGAAAGAAGAAGUGGUAUCAUGUAAGGAUGGAAGUGAAUUGAAUUAUGAGAUGGCUCUUGAAGAUGGUUUCAUUUGGUGGUCGUGGUAUUAA